UACAUUUUGGGGUGACUGUAUACAAAAGUACUGUGCAGCACAACAUUUAUCCGCUAACUGCAUGCUAAUAAAUGGAUAUCAAAUGAAUUUCUAAGCAAGAUUGUCUGGUCAUGUUAAGUGUCGUGCCUAGCGAAAAUGCUUCGCUGUGAAGAAGGACAAAGUGGCCCCUCGUAUGAAUCUCUACAGGAAGUCAUUGACAAGAAGUCCUUCAGACCUUCAGUCAACCUCAGCACCCCCACCAUAACCAACAUCUCCUUCACGCUCUACGCUAUCUUGGGAGUGAAUGAAAAAGCACAAAUUCUUACCACGUUUCUCUGGCUCAGGCUGUACUGGUUCCAUGAGUUCCUCAUCUGGGAUCCAGAAGCCUGUGACGGCAUUACAAAGAUCUCACUUCCUGUCAACGACCUCUGGACUCCGGACAUUAUCGUUUAUGAGUUCGUGGAUGACGAUGUAUCUCAGGCCUGUCCUUACGUGUAUGUGAACCACACGGGCCACAUCCGCUAUGACAGGAUGCUGAGGCUGGUUAGCGCCUGUAACCUACAGAUAUUCAGUUUCCCUUUCGACAUACAGAACUGCUCUUUCACCUUCGGCUCCUACAUGCAUACCAUAAAGGAUGUCCGUGUCAGUCCUGCCCUGUCCUUUAAGGAGAUGACGGGAAACUCGAAGCGUUACCUGCAGGCCAGUGGAGAGUGGGAGCUGGUAGUUAUCUUGGGCAACACAGACAUUUUGAAGUUCGGAAUAGAUGAAUGCGACAUCAUCACUUUCUGGGUGGUGAUAAAGCGACGGCCGAUACUGUACGUGGUGAACCUGAUCAUCCCCAGCUCCUUCCUCAUGAUCAUUGACAUCCUGUCCUUCUACUUGCCGCCACACAGCGUGGAUCGUUCCUCCUUCAAAAUGACCCUUAUUCUGGGAUAUACAGUCUUUCUUCUCAUUAUGAACGACCUGCUUCCCAGCACUGCUAAUGGAACACCUUUAAUAGGUAUCUAUUUCUCUGUGUGUCUGGCACUCAUGACCAUAAGUCUGCUGGAGACUGUCCUCAUCACCUUCGUCCUCCACCACAAUUCAAUGAAAUACAGGGAGGUGCCACACUGGGUUCAGGUGCUGGUGAUGCGCUUCAUCGCUCGGCUUAUUUGCUACAGUUUCCCUGAAGACCCUUUAUCCAAGCUAGAAGGGAAACAAGAAGGGAAACAAGAACCCAAUCCAUGGGUUGUCCAGCCCUCACAAUCAACGUCCGGUCAACAGACAUCCACUAAUGCCUCUGGAUCCAUGACUCUGGAUGUGCCUGAACUAAGACAGAUCAGUCAGGAUCUUAGAGAGAUAAACACUUAUUUGAAUAUCCUACGAAAAGAAGACCAUCUACAGAACCAGUGGUGUCAUGUGGGCUACAUCCUGGACUUCCUUCUCUUCCGCAUUUACCUGUUGAUAAUCACGGGAUAUGCGCUUGUAAUCAUAUGCAUGUGGUGCGUUUGGAUGAACCAGUAGAAAAAGUAUAGAUAUACUGUAGCUAGUAGAUAUUAUUUUUAUUUUUAUACAUAUACUUUUGGUUGUUUUACCAUUUUCACUACAGCAGAAAGGUAGUAAGUAGAAAUUGACCGAUACUGAUUUUUACAAAUUUUACAUAAUUAAAUAUCAGUUUUUAAUGUCAAAUCCACCAAUAAACAAGAUAAUGCAUAUUGGUUAAUCGACAUCUAAACAUGCAAAUAAUCGGUAUCGGUUAGUAUAGAGUGACCAAUAUAGCCUCUUUUCCUGUCCAGGUCAAGACAAAAAAGGUAUAAUUAGUAUAAAAUUAUAAAAGUAUAAUUACUUUGUACAAGUUUGAAAACAAUAGGAAAACAAAGCCAAAACAUGGACAUUUUAGGCAAUUUAGAAAUCCCGGCCAGGAUAUGUCCAAAAUAAAAAAAAUGUAUGUAUGGUAACCCUAUAAUAAACCGAUACCGAUUAUUUGCAAGUUUAUGUGGCGAUAACCGAUAUACAUAAGUUAAUAAUUUAAAUCGCUGGAUCUGACAUUGCAAAACCAAUAUCUGAUGAUGGAAAAAUGCACAAAUAUUAGUAAAAAAAAUAUCGGUAAAACCGAUUAACAGUCCAUCUCUAACAUAGAGACCAAAAGUUUUGCGUAUAACACAACAAUACAAUAAUGACUCCAAAACAAUA